AUGGUCUCCCCUACCCCCUUCCGCGCCGCCGAGUUCCGCAGCGCCUACGGCCCCAAGUACCAGUUCCAACCUCACCUGGGCGGUAUCACCCUGAAGACUUUCACGCGGUACUCGGCCAAGUCGGCUGCCUUCGGUGGCUUCCUCGGCGUUGCCGCCCUCUUCUACACCUCUGGCAUCCCCCGUAUCCAGACCGACAUCCUCCAGAAGGUUCCCUUCAUCGGCUCCUACUUUGUCAAGGAGAUCCACCCUGCCGACAACCCCUUCUAA